GAAGGAUGUAAAGUUAUGGCCAAAUUAAUCAACCCUAAAUUUAAUGCAAAUACAAGUAAUGCUGAUGCAAAUAAUAAAGCGACAAGUAGUUCAACAACCACUACACAUCAGAAAGCCACCACUGAUAGUACUGCUAGUAGUAGCCUAGCAACAGAUCAACAAAACCAACAAAAUUCACAUCCUCACAAUCAUACAACAGAACAAAAAAAACAGCAAACUGAUUAUAACAAUGAUCCAGAACAGAUUCAACAAGAGCAACAAAAAGGAUUUAAAGGUCAAGCUAAAAAAGACAUGCAGAAAGUUGAAGGUUAUGUAGCUGAAAAAGAGGGUGAAGGAAUCGACGAAGAAAAACAAAAUGAAUUAGAGAAAAUAACAGUUUCUAAAGAAGAUAUUGAAUUCAUUAUUAAUGAAAUGGAAGUAACGAGAUCUGUAGCUGAUAAAUAUUUGAGAGAAAAUAAAGGUGAUGUAGUGGAAGCUUUAAGGGCUUUGUCUAGUCAAAGAAAAUCAAAAAGAAAAUUUCAAGAUCGUGCUAGCUUUGGUGCCGUGUUUAAAAUAUAUGGUAACGGUGUUGCCAUUAUCCAAGUUUUAUUGGUGGAAAAAGUUAAACUUAUAGAUGUCAAAGUACUUGGUUCUCAGAGAAGAUAUGCAAUCACAGUGGCUGGAACUGAAUAUCAAGCAAUCCAUCCGCCUGCUCUUUUCUCAGAUCUCGGACCUUGA